AAACCCUUGUCAUUCAGUGAUGUGGCCAUUGAUUUCUCUCCAGAGGAGAGUGAAUGCCUGAAUCCUGCUCAGUGGAAGUUGUACAAGGAUGUGAUGUUGGAGAAUUACAGCAACCUUGUUUUACUUGGUCUUGCUUUCUCUAAACCAUCUUUGGUCACAUUUCUGGAGCAAAGAAAAGAGCCUUGGGAUGUCAAGACACAAGUUACUUUAGCCAUCCACACAGGUCUGUUCAAAUACCACAUCUUUAGAACCCACCAAAGAAUUCAUACUGAUGAGAAACCCUUCAAAUGUGAAGAAUGUGACAAGUCCUUUAUGAAACAUUACAGAAUGCAUACUGGAGAAAAACCGUACAAAUGUGAAGAAUGUGGAAAGUCCUUAGUCAAAUACCACAUCUUUAGAACCCACCAAAGAAUUCAUACUGAUGAGAAACCCUUCAAAUGUGAAGAAUGUGACAAGUCCUUUAUGUGGGUGUCAUAUCUUAGAGUACAUCAGAGAAUUCAUACUGGAGAGAAGCCCUACCGGUGUGAAGAAUGUGGUAAAGCCUUUGGUACUCGCUCAGCACUUUCUAUACAUCAGAGAAUUCAUACUGGAGAGAAGCCCUACCGGUGUGAAGAAUGUGGAAAAGCCUUUAUUAGUAAUUCAGCUCUAAAUGCCCACAAGAAAAGGCAUACGGGUGCAAAAUCUUUUGAAUGUGAAGAAUGUGGCAAAAGGUUUUACUCUGCUUCAGUGCUUAAGCAGCAUGGAAGAAUUCAUUCUGGGGAGAAACCGUACAAGUGUGAAGAAUGUGGCAGGUGCUUUGGUGAUCACUCAAACCUUUCUAAACACAAGAGAAUUCAUACUGGAGAGAAACCGUAUAGGUGUGAAGAAUGUGGAAAAGCCUUUACAAGUAAUUCAUCUCUGACUUGGCACAAGAUACGGCACACGGCACACAAACCCUACAAAUGUGAAGAAUGUGGCAAAAGUUUUUACUUUCCUUCAGCCCUUAAACAUCAUCAAAGAAAUCAUUCUGGAGAGAACCCCUAUGGUUGUGAAGAAUGUGGCAAAGCCUUUCGUACUCACUCAAAACUCUCUGAACACAAGAGAAUUCAUACCGGAGAGAAACCCUACAAGUGUAAUGAAUGUGGCAAAGCCUUUGUUACCCACUCAACACUUUCCAAACACAAACGAAUUCAUACUGGAGAGAAACCCUACGAGUGUGAAGAAUGUGGCAAGACCUUUGGUACUCGCUCAAUCCUUUUUAAACACAGGAGAAUUCAUACUGGAGAGAAACCCUACAAGUGUGAAGAAUGUGGAAAUGCCUUUGCUCAUAAUUACUCCCUUACUAAGCAUAAGGUCAUUCAUACUGGGGACUUCCCUUACAAGUGUGAUGAAUGUGGUAAAAAUUUUUAUUUUCCUUUAGCCCUCAGCCGACAUCAGAGAAUUCAUAGUGGAGAGGAAUCCUACCCAUGUGACAAAUGUGACAAAAUGUUUUACUCUACUACAAAACUCAGAAAACAUCAAAGAAUUCAUUCAGAAGAGAAACCGUACAAAUGCAAAGAAUGUGGCAAAGCUUUUAAAAGAUCUACACUCCUUCGCCAACACCAAAGAGUUCACACUGGAGAGAAACCUUUCAGAUGUCAGGAAUGUGACAAGUCCUUUACCACCGUUUCAGGUGUUACCCAGCACAAGGUUGUUCAUACUGGACAGAGACCCUACAAAUGUGAAGAAUGCAACAAAACAUUUUGUUAUAUUUCCAGCCUUACAAGACAUCAAAAGGUUCAUUCUAGAGAGAAAGUGUGCAUGUGUGAAUUUUGUGGGAAAGUCUUUGCUAACUCUACAGGACUUAGUCAUCAUAAGAGAGUUCAUAGAAACUUUAAAAAA